AUGAACCCAGUUCGCAGAUCUUUGUUUGUAUAUACUAAACAAGUAAACUUACAAAAACGCUUUGUUAAAUAUAUCCAAGGUCAGGAACCAGAACCAAAAAUUAGGGAAUACUUUUAUUAUAUUGAUCAUCAAGGAAUGCUAUUUUUAGAUGACUCAAAAAUGAAGAAUUUUACAUCUUGUUUUAAAGAAAAGAAGUUUUUGGAAUUCUUUUUUAAAAGAAUUAGGAUAAAUAAUACUGGAAGAUAUCAAGAAGAAUUCCCGUUUGUAUCAUUAUGUGGUAGAGAAAGAAAUUAUAUAAGGUGUGAUGAUGUACCAAUUGUUUAUACACAUUUAAUAUCUAAAGAAAAUACUGAUAUAGAUUUCUUAACAUUUGGAUAUGUGGGUGAAUUAAUGAUGACACAAUUUCACCCUGAUAAAGUGUAUAUGCUCCCUGAAACAGGUAGGGUGUAUCAUCCUGCGGAAGAUAAAUAUGGUGGAAUUGGUCUUAUAAGAUCUAAACUUGCCAUCGAGAUAAGUAAAAAUUUCACAUUUAAAAAUGGAGAAACUGGACCACCGACAGAUUUCACCUGGAAGAAUAAAAAUUACAAACUAAAUCAGGUAUGGUUUCCAGAAGCGGUGAAGUUACACAACAUUAAAAUUAACUCUAUACCAGAC